GAUAUCUAACAAUCUUGUGCUUUCAUUGAAUGACAAAUAUCUUGACAUAGACGAGAACCAAGUUACUUUGCAAGAAAAUGAUGAACUAGCUGUUAUACCUCCAAUCAGUGGUGGUUAAAAUUUGUUCCGGUCUCAAAACAUUUACUGGCCAGAAAGAAUGGAUCAUGUUGAUGUUGUGUUUGAUAAACUAAAAGUUGAUGAAAUCACAGAUUUGGUUUCUACAGAAUCCUGUGGAGCUAUUUCUCUGUUUGUUGGAACCACAAGGGAUUAUUUUGAAGGUAAACGAGUGUUGUAUCUGGAAUAUGAGGCUUAUGAUUCUAUGGCUAAGAAGAAAAUGUUAGAAGUCUGUCAAGCCAUAAGAGAGAAAUGGGAUGUACAAAACAUAGCAAUCAUUCACAGGAUAGGUGUUGUGCCAGUAAAAGAGGCCAGCAUAGUUAUAGCCAUUUCAUCGGCUCACCGGAAAGAAUCCCUGGAAGCUGUACAGUUUGCUAUCGACACUGUAAAGGCUGUAGUUCCAGUCUGGAAAAAGGAAACCUAUGAAGACAACACCUACUCUUGGAAACAGAACAAAGAAUGUUGCUGGAGCGGGGAUGCAUCAACUCCAGAUAGCCAGUCAGUAAAUACUAGUGCACCAUGUAAUCAUACAGUUAAUAUAUACAGCAACAGAGAUUUAUUAUAGUCACUUUGAAACUAUUGUAAAUACAUUUUGUGUCUCUGGUCAGACAAACUUCUGCUCUCUGGUGAUGCAUUAGGCUUACACAAGACUUCUGUCUGAGAUCUUGCUUUAAAAUUUGUCUUCAUAUUGCAUAUGUAUAUACAGACAGACAGACAGACAGAUGUUAUUGUUCAUGUCUGUUUAAAUAUUGGGAAUGAAAAUGAGAAAUAUCUUUGGAAUGCAAGUUUUUCAUUUUAUUAAAUUAAAUAUUAAUUUACAUUUAGAACAUUUAGAAAAAAAAUAUUUUUUUGUUACAAUUAAUUAAUAUCUAUUUCAUUUUGAUUAUUUCUAAAUAUUUAUUGCUGCACCUAUUAUAGCUUAUUCUUUCUGUUCACUUUGUUUUGUCCAUAAAAAUAUUGACCAAUGUCACUUUAUAUAAUUUGUUUAAAAAAGAAAGUGCUGUAUUACUGAAACAUUAUUAUGAUUAUGCUGAUUUAUUUAUAUAUAUAUAUAUAUAUUUCAGCAUAAUUAUUUUAGUGUUUUUUUUAUUUAACCAGAAUUUUUUACAUUUUAUUUUAAAGCAAAUUUGUUGAAUAAUAUUCUCACAAAGUCAUGAACAAAGUGUAUAACUCUUGUGUGUGAUAUAUUUGUUUCUCAAAAUAGAAGAAUACAUUUAGGGUUCUGACAGAAACUUUGGGAGAGGAGGUGAAGUUUAAUUUGAUUAUUCUGUUUGUGAAUGUUUACUGUAAAUUAUUUCUCAUUAAAACAGUUUUGUUUUUACAA